AUGACUACCGACAAAAAGUUCCUGGAGCAAAGCUGCGAGACUGUCAAGCUUGAGGAUGCUGGGCUUUCUGAGGCCGAGAUCUUUCUCCAGAGCUAUCCUCUGCUGCGAGAGAAGUCCAAGGAUGAGCUCGACAGAUUGAACAAGGCUGUUCUGAAGAAAUUGGAUUGGAAAUUUUUGCUCAUCAUUACGUUGAUGCUAUUGAUGAAUUAUCUUGAUCGCAUCAAUGUCUCUAAUGCCCGCCUUGCUGGUAUGCAACAUGACAUCCACAUGAGCGAUGUGGAGUGGUCUGCUGGUAUCUCGCUCUUCUACGUGGGAUACAUCAUUUCACAGGUACCUGCAAACAUCAUCAUGUCGAAACAGAAGCCACGCAUCUGGAUGCCCUGCAUAAUGCUAGCGUGGUCAUCCGUCACCAUUUGUAUGCCUGCAUGCACUAGGCCAUGGCACUUCAUGCUUUGUCGCUUUCUUGUUGGCUUCACUGAGGGCCCAUUCCUCCCUGUGGUGGCGCUCAUGACCUCAAGCUGGUAUACCAAACAGGAAAGUCCUCUACGGAUGGCAAUCUGGCACGCAGGAAACAUCGUCUCCAAUGUCUUCUCUGGUCUACUUGCGGCGGGCAUCUUAACCAAUAUGGACAAUAUUGCGGGUCUACAUGCAUGGCAGUGGUUUCUCCUGUUGGAGGGUAUCGUGUCCAUCAUGGUUGCCAUUCCCGGAUUCUGGCUUCUUCCGAACUUCCCCAACAACACCGGAACGUACUACUUCACCGCUGAAGAGCAACAGAUGGCGCAAUACCGCCAGUCCGUGUCUUCUGGUAUGGUAUCGGAGGACGAAGAAGGCGACUACCUUGGCGGAUUGAUGCAGGCCGUUCGAGAUCCAUUCACGUGGCUAUUUGCCGGCAUGCAUUUCUCUCUUAUCAUCGCCCAAUCAUUCAAAGACUUCUUUCCAUCCAUCAUGGACACCUUGGGCUUUGGAAAGGUUGAGACCUAUCUUGUCCAGGCCCCGCCAUACGUGAUAGCUUAUAUCGUCACGCUGGUCGUGUCAUGGUCGUCCGGCCGUAUGCUCGAACACGGCUUUCAUAUCAUCGGCGCUAUCUCGACAACACUUAUUGGAGCAAUCAUCAUGAUCAGCACGCUGAAUACAGGUGCGAGGUAUUUUUCCAUGAUUCUCCUCUGUUGCGGACCAUUUGUCGGGCUCAACAUCCAGCUCUCAUGGGAGACCACAGUCGUGCCUCGUCCGCGGACCAAAAGAGCUGCACUGAUUGCUAUCGCAAAUUGUGUGUCAAGCGUUAGUCAUUGGUUCACGCCAUAUUUUUUCCUCACGAACCAGGAGCCGAGGUAUGAGACAGGAGGUGGUUGUAUCAUUGCCGGAUGUGGCUUGACUAUCAUACUGUGUCUUACGACAAAGUGGUGGUGCAAUAAGAAGAACAAAGAUUUAAUUGCGAAAGAGGAGCGGACCGGGGUUACUAAUAGCUGGAGGUUUGCAACGUAG